AUGGAGAAAUGUAGAUGCAAAGGAGGAAUGCCAGAAAAAGAACAAAACGAAGAGUCGAAGAGAAUACGACCAGAUAAAAUGAAGAAGACGGUGCUUGUGGAACUUUGGAAUUCAGGACCAACUCUGGCAGCGAGAGCAGUUCUUCAGGGUACAGCAGAAUUACCGUGUGACAUUCGACCUCCACGACAAAAUGACUCUGCAAUUUUGGUUGUUUGGUACAAAAGCGAUAUUACACCUAUUUACAGUUAUGACAUGAGAGGAAAACAUUCUGAAAAGGCUUCUCACUGGAACGAUAAAGAUCAUUUGAACGAUCGAGCAUUCUUCCGGACAGUUACUGAACCAGCAACAUUAAAUAUCAAUCAUAUCGAAGAAAAGGACGAGGGUGAAUACAGAUGUCGUGUAGAUUUUGCUAAGAGCCCCACCAGGAACUCAAGAAUUCACCUAACAGUAAUAGUUCCGCCGCAUAAACCAAACAUCAUCGAUGCGUAUGGUAAAACAGUAUCGACCAUAGCGGGUCCAUACGAAGAAGGUGGUGACAUGAAGCUGCAGUGCCUAGUUACGGGAGGACGUCCCGAGCCAAAAGUGAGAUGGUGGCGUGGAGAAAUGCUCCUUGAUUCCAAAGAUGAACCUGGAGAAUUUCCUUCUCUUCGUAGAAAUACCUUAAUAAUUCGUGAACUCUCCAGAGCUGAUCUUCAUGCCGUAUUUACCUGUCAAGCAUCUAACAACAAUAUCAGCCAACCCGUCUCUGCCUCUGUCGCUAUUGAAAUGCAUCUGAAGCCACUGAGCGUGACGAUAUUAAGCAGUGAACAUGCGCCUUUAAGUGCUGAUCGGAAGUACGACAUAAAUUGCAUGAGUGUUGGUUCCAGACCGCCAGCCAAAUUAUCGUGGUAUAUGGAAGGAAAAAAGUUGAACAACUACACAGAGAAGGUUUCUCAAGAUGGUAAUAUGACUAGUUCUAUAUUAACGUUCAAACCAACUUUAUUGGAUCACGACAAAGUAAUUACUUGCCGAGCUGAAAAUCCUAACGUUCAUCGUGGUACAAUGGAGGAUACAUGGAAACUGAACGUUUUUUUUGCACCAAUUUUACAUCUGGAUUUGGGAUCAAAUAUGAAUCCAGACGACAUUGAAGAAGGUGACGAUGUGUACUUUGAAUGCAAGGUGCAUGCUAACCCUGAUGCUUAUAAAGUAGUAUGGAAACACAAUGGGAAUGUAAUUCAAAAUAAUGCUAAAAAUGGCGUGAUAGUACAGCAAUAUGGUUUGGCUUUGAGGGAGGUCAAUCGCUCCCAAGCCGGAAAUUAUACUUGUAUUGCAAGCAAUGUCGAAGGGGAUAGUUACAGUAACAUCGUUGAACUUAAAAUUAUGUAUAAACCUAUUUGCGUACCGGAUCAGAAGCGAAUCUAUGGCGUGGCACGUCACGAAGAUGCACGAGUAAUUUGCAGGGUCGAGGCAUAUCCACCACCAGACAGCUUCCGUUGGACUUUUAAUAAUACAGAGGAGAUGGUAGACGUACCGCAGGCAAGAUACAAAAACUCCACACGACACACUCAAAGCGUUCUCACGUAUCGACCAGUCACAGAAAUGGAUUAUGGCACAGUAUUUUGCUGGGCAAGUAACACUGCUGGUCAGCAAAAGAAUGCCUGCAUUUUUCAUAUUAUUCCGGCGGGAAAGCCUGAAUCUCCGUACAAUUGCACCUUAUCGAAUCAAACAACGGAAUCACUCUCCGUGGAAUGCUCAGCCGGCUUUGAUGGUGGUCAACCCCAACAUUUCCUGUUGGAAGUUUUUGAUCAGCAUACAGGAAUGCUGCAAGCAAACCUCACAUCCAAAGAGAAUGCAGUCUUCACUGUACAAGGUUUAGAAUCCGGCAAAGUUCUUAAAAUGAUUCUGUAUGCUGUAAACGCAAAGGGCAGAAGUGAACCGACGCUUUUGGAAGGAUUCACCUUAAAAAUUGCGGAAAAACAGACUGGUACCCCGGUACCAUUCGAGAUCACCCCAUUAUUAGGGGGUUUGAUCGGAGUGGUUACCGCAUUACUUUUAGUUACUAUCACUAUUCUGGCUGCCAUGAAACUCAGAAGCGAAAGAAGAACUCAGAGACCAAACGAUUUACCAUUAAAAAAAGGCACCGCACCCAGCUCCGAGGAUCUUUACGACACCGAUGAUAGAAACCCAGACGUUGUACCAGUAAAUAAAGGUUCAGAUUACCAACUAACGGGAUCAAUGUCUGGUACACCUUUGGCUACACAAAACACACCAGAUGGACUUGUUCCAACUUCACUUUCUAUUCAGCAAGUGAAUCAUCUUCAAGGGCUGUCACCAUAUUCGCACGAAUAUAAUAACUACCCAACUUUACCGCUAUCGGGUGAAAUAACGUACGCUGAACUGUGUCUCGCUCGACCAACGACCUUGUCAACAUUAGCGAACGACACGAAAUUGACAAGCAUAAGUGGGAUUGGUAGUUUAAGUACACUCCCGACUUAUGGAAGCGGAGUAAUCGUAGGUGGCAAACCGUACACAAAAGAAGCGACAAUCUACGCUUGCAUAGACCAUAACGCAAGACCACUGAAGGUUGAUGUCUCUAACGCAUCGUCGUGUGCAUUAACGCCUUUGUCAACAAAGAGCACAUUUCAAGACCUAAAUGGUGCGACAGCGAAUAACAAAAAUCCCACGAGAGAAGUUGUCACUGUUCGUACACCAUUAAUAUCGACUCAAGAAAGUUGUGUAUAGGGCUGCGACUUUGACGCGCUGAACGUCAACGAAUAUUAUGUUUGAUGUGGCGAUGAUUCGCGCGUCUAGUUACUAAACGAGGUUCAUUAACCGUUUGUCCUACACAAUAAGACAUAUAUGAUCUUUGGUAUGCGAUAAACGUGUAAGGUAGUAAAAUGGAAUUUAAUGUCAGAUGGACUGAUCAAUUUUAAAUUAUCGAGUAUUCAAUCGGUAGCGAAAGAACGCAACGGAACAAUGACUUUUUUUUAACAUAUAAUUAUAAAGCGUGAUAAUUUGUUCAGUUUUUUGAAAGAUAUUGAUUUAACUUAAAUUUCGUCGAUAAGACUGAUUUAAGUAUUUUGCAACUGUUCGUAUAUAUGAAAGUUCAUAUUUUUUAGUUAACUACGUCAAUAAAUGUUAUACUGCAAAUACAAUAAACUUUACGAGAAUUUGCCAAUGAUUGAUGUAGAUGGCAUCCACGUUAUAUUUUACUGAAUUAAGGUACCACCAUAACAUAAGAACCUAGCAGGACAGCUAAUUAAAACAAGAACGGUUCAAUAAUUUAACUUUAAGGUCUUUUAUGUAUAAUACUGAAUAUAUACACUACAUGAUAUGAUUGAUAAUAAGUUUUCAUUUUAAUCGAUUUUUAUUUGAUAUAUAUAUUCGUACGUAUCGAAUAUUAUA